GAAAAGAGGGGCUAGAGAAAACGUAACACCAGGAAGCGGAGAUCCGGAAGUGGGCCUUAGCCAUGGCUGAGGCUGGGCCCGGGCGGAGCGAGACCGUCACCGAGACAACGGUUACCGUGACAACCGAGCCCGAGAACAGGAGAAGAUUAACCAUCAAGCUUGAGAAUCGGAAACCAGAAAAAAAGGUAGAAUGGACAAGUGACACUGUGGAUAAUGAACACAUGGGACGCCGUUCAUCAAAAUGCUGCUGUAUUUAUGAGAAACCUCGGGCCUUUGGUGAAAGCUCUACAGAAAGUGAGGAGGAAGAAGAGGAAGGCUGUGGUCAUACACACUGUGUUCGGGGCCACCGCAAAGGACGGCGCCAUGCAACUCCAGAACCCACUCCUACCACCCCUCCCCAUCCACCUGACCCUUCCCAGCCCCCUCCAGGGCCAAUGCAGCACUAAAUUUCUCGCUACCCUACCAUUCCUGUGUGUGAGUAUCUGACCCUUAGUUAUCCAAGUGGCUAUUGGGGACUAAUUCAUUCUCUGGAUCCCUCCUUUCCUCUACUCUGCCUGACAGGAAGAGGGAAAAGGAGAGUCGACAGAAAUCCUAGAACUCUGACAUGCUGCUAUUCCCAAACUCUGACUUCUGGGUUUCCCUCAACCUUCAUAGUACUCUUCUAGAGAUCCAGACAUUUUUGUCCCUGUCUCUUCUCUUUGUUCUUACUGCCAAACUGCCAGUUCUUUUGGACACUUGCACUCUCAAUUUGAGUCCCAAACAUUUACAUUGGGUUUCCAACAACCCCAACUCUUACUGCCAGAGUCCCAGUCAGAUUCUAGGCAAUCUUGAUCCAGUCAUGUUAAUCCUGGCUUACAGCUCUUCCAUUAAUGUAUUUAUAUUAAUCCCAAUUCUCAGACUUUACCUGUGGGAUGUGAGGUCUUUUGGGAGACCUUAGGGUCCCUUGUCCUUUGCUUUCCCUACUGCCCAUUCCCCUCAUUCCCUCAAGAAGAAUUAGGAGAGAAGUCUUUUUAUUCUCACCUUAAAUGGAGAAAGAAAUAGUUAUGACCUUUCACCUAUUAUGUGACCUAGAAUUUAUGACAAAACUGGCUUCAAACAAGACUUCACUCAGAACCAGCUAUCUCUUCAGUCUUCAGUCUUCAUCUCUGGAGAUAGAUCCAUCAUAUUUCCAGCUAGUUCUCUGCAAGAGGAAGGAAGGAAAAAGGAGAAAGCCAAGAAAGGGGGUAUAUUCGUAACAAUAAUUCUUAGACCUACUUAGACUCUGAUGUUUUUUACUAGCCCAGGUAUCCAAUCCCCUAACUGGAUCCUCUCUGUAAUCCUUUUUCCCCUUUCUGAGAUCAGGAUGCUUUCUAGGCUGCUUUUUGCACAGGUCAUUCAAAUCCAUACCACCACUGAGAUCUCAUUUAUUGCCACAGAUGCGCAAAAUAAAUAACCCAACAUCAAAAAA